AUGAGGGAAGGCGUGUGGGGCUCGCUUGAGCGUCAGACGUCGUUCGGCGUUACGGUUCGCGUCCACGCGGCGACAAUCGCGACAGCGCGACGUGUUCUCGACACCGCUAUCGCCUCGUUCGAAUUACUAGCAGAUAUCAUGGAAAUUCCUCUACCGUUAAAUAAGGUCGACUUCAUUAUGGUGCCGCAUUACGACGGUGGCAUGGAGAACUGGGGCCAUGUUCUCCUAUCUGAGAACCUGGCUGCAUCUGGUGAUGACGCUCAUCUCUCCUAUAUCAUCGCCCACGAACUCGCCCACCACUGGAUUGGUGAUAAGGCAACGGUGAACAGUUGGCGAUGGAUUUGCCUGCAGGUAUGA